UUGACUUCUUCGGUCAUUAAAAAUGCUCGGUGUAAUCUUGCCGUCACCGAAGCUGAGGUAUGCAUAUUUAACAUCAAGUUCAUCGUCUUUGCAGGAGCAGGGAUCUGUUUCAUCACUCCAGCUAAUGAGUAGAUCGAGAGAAAUGAUCCUCUCCAUCCUGCUGACACUUGCAGCAGCAGUGCAUGCAGCAUCCCAAAACUGCUCCGGGAAGUGCGGCCAAGUUGUCAUCCCAUACCCCUUCGGCAUCGAGCCCGGUUGCUUUAGAGAUGGAUUUGCAAUCACCUGCAACCAGUCGACCGGCGGCCCUCCGAGAGCGUUCCUCGGCGCAAGCGACAUCGAAGUGACCGAGAUUUCGCUGCCGCAAGGCCAGGUUCGCGUGCAGGUUCCCGUCGCUUGGCAGUGCUACAACGAGUCCGGAACCGAGAGCAUCAACUUGCCGGAAAUAAACUACAACAUCAAUGGAGUCUACAAGAUUUCCAACGAUCGCAACAAGUUCACCAUCAUCGGCUGCAACUCCUUGGUGUACCUUCAAAGCGAGAAGGACGGUAGCGGUUCCUAUCCCUUCCACUAUUACGUCGGUUGCUUAUCGUACUGCAGAGACGUCACCAGCGUCAUCAACGGGGCUUGCGACGGAAUAGGAUGUUGCCAGAGCAGCUUCCCUGCGAAACUCAGCGAUAGUUCCUUUCUAUUCAAAGACUAUAGUCAUAGCUCUAUGUUGGAUUUCAGUCCGUGUACUUAUGCCUUCAUUGUGGAUCACGACUACUUCAGCUUCAGCGCUGCCAAUCUAAUGAUGGAUAAGAAUUCAUCCAUGCCUUUGUGGCUGGACUGGGCCUUCCGAGCUGUCGCGACAUGCGACGAAGCAGCGCGCUCUACAAAUUAUGCGUGUCGAAGUGAAAAUAGUGCGUGCAUCAACUCCAGGAAUGACGCAGGCUAUCUUUGUAAUUGUUCACAAGGAUACCAAGGCAAUCCCUACAUCGAUAAAGGAUGCCAAGAUAUCGACGAGUGCACGCUUCCGGAGACGUACCCUUGCUAUGGAGUUUGUACUAAUCUUCCAGGGAGCUACCGAUGUGCAUGCCGGUCCGGCGAGCGUGGUAACCCAUUAGCUGCGCCAUGUAUCCCCAACACCCCGUCUGCAGUGAAGGUGAUCGCGGGCAUCAGCAGCGCCUUCCUCGCUGCGUUGGCUCUUAUUUUGGUGCUCUUAGUGUUGCAAAAGAGAAGGCUCACAAUGGAAAAGGAGAAACUUUCCAGAGAAAAUUGUGACUGGAUAUUGUAUGACAAAAUGAUGUCCAGACAAGUCCAUAGGAUGAGAAUAUUUUCACUGCAAGAUCUCCAACGGGCGACAGACAACUUCCAUGAGGAUGGAGUCAUUGGACGCGGAGGCCAUGGCAGAGUCUACAAAGGGAUCCUGGAGGACGACAGAGUGGUGGCCAUCAAGAGGACUGUGGUGACUGACGAGAGACAAAGUGGAACAGCUUCCCAGUUCAGACAGAAGGAAGAAUUUUUGAAUGAAAUAGGCAUCCUUUCGCAGAUCAACCACAAGAAUGUAGUCAGACUGUUUGGCUGCUGUUUAGAGGAGGAGAUUCCCAUGCUGGUCUAUGAAUUCGUCCCCAACGGGACCCUUUCUGACUUCAUCCACAAACAAGAUUCAGGAUCGGCCAUCUCCUUGGACAUCCGUCUAAAACUUGCAGCAGAAUCGGCGGAAGCACUUGCUCAUCUGCAUUCAUCCACGUCUCAUACGGUCAUUCAUGGGGAUGUGAAGUCAAGCAACAUACUCCUCGACGAGAACAAGAUGGCAAAAGUAGCCGACUUCGGCGCAUCCACGCUUAUGCUAACAGAUGAAACCAAGACCGUAAGUUUCGUGCAGGGCACUCCCGGUUACGUAGACCCUGUUUACUGUGAAACAAGGAGGCUGACCAAGAAAACCGAUGUCUUUAGCUUUGGAGUCGUUAUCUUAGAACUGAUGACCAGGAAGAAGGCGAUCUGGGAUGAUGUGCCAUUAGCAUUGAUGAGCAGGCAACAUCUUCUGGACAUUUUGGAUGAGGAAGUUGUGGAAGAAGGAGGAAAGGAUUUGCUGGGAAAAGUCGUUGACCUUGCGAUUCAAUGCGUUUGUCGUCAACAGGAAGAGAGGCCGACGAUGAAGCGAGUGGCGGAGAAACUACAGAAGUUUAGAAAGUUGCUGCAGAAGAAGAGAGGGCAGAGCCGCAGUGUUGGCAUGGCCAGCUUGCUCACUCGUGCAACAAAUUCCUACACCGGCUAUCAGAGAUUGAGGGAGUCAGUGGUGCUCGAAGUUGGAUCUUAGAGUUGAAGGUUGUUUGCCAUUUUCCUUGCUCUACUUGUGUCAUCCUGCAUACGUGAAGCUUCUUUCAAUGUGUUGUCCCGUACGUUAUCUUUCAGCGACGAUGGCGAUGUUGCUCGCGGUUCAGUUUUUGUGCAGUCUACUGUCAGAAAAUUAUGAUAUACACACACAAAAAAAAAAAGGAGGAAAAGUUUA